AUGGAUUUCGACAAAUCUAGCUCUUCUCUUGUGCUAGACCUUGCAUGGAAUCAAGUCGAUAAAAAGAAUCAGGAUUUUAUUUAUGCCAAGGACUUCCCGGCGCUUAUUAUGAGUAUUGAAGAAAUACUUAGCAGAGGUCAACAAACACCUUUAGCGUUUUUAUCAAAUACUGGUAAAAGUGUUAUCGAUACAUUUGCUAGGGAAAAGGAAUUUUUCAAGAUUUAUAGAGAUGAAUUUAAGGAAAUUUUCCAUGGCCUAGUUGGUAAAACAUUCAAAGAUACUAUUGAAGGUACAAACGUAUCGAGAUCAGUGUUAGAUGAACAGGGACAAGAACCUGAUGUAUCUACAACACCAACGAGACAGCAAAGGAGUAGUCCUCGUAAAGUUAAUCGAUUACUUAAGAAUUUGGAGACGAGAGUUGCAUCUAUGAAGGACGAAUUAAAAUUUAAGGAUGAGAUAUUAGCUGAAAAAGAUCGUGAAUUAAUCCAGUUGACUAGAAAAUUGAGUGACUAUAAGGACAAGUACGAGUUUGUUCAAAGGCAAUUCAGCUUUUACAAAGAUCAUGGCGAGUCACCAAGAAGAAAUUCAUCAGAAUCUGAACAACUCAAUUUGGAACAGAACGCAUCGACAAAACACGAAUUUAUCAUUAGUGAAUUAAAGAGAAAGUUACAAGAACAAACUUUGGCUAUUUCAAAUCUAAAGGAACAAUUACAACGUGGUGAGGGUGCUGGCGUUCUCUAUACGAAUUAUUCUAAAAGAUAUAACCCAUUACACAAUGAUGGUCCGAUGGUAUUAGUAUUAGCCACACUAGUAUUUUUAACAAUUAUUUUACUGAUAGGUUCGAUGAUAUGGGUUACGGGUGGCAAAGAUGAUUCUAAUUCGUUCUCUCAAUAUUCCUGGUGGGAAAACAACAGUCUUCUAAGCCGAAUUGGUUGGUUUUUCCGUGACUGGUCAGAUACUGGUGUGGAUUAUGUGAAUUUUGAACCAUCAUCCGAUGCUUACGAAAGAAUUAUGGGUAUUAGACGUAUUUAA